UCCUCCCUGGAUGAUGAACUCCCAUGGUAGAGAGAGAGAAAGUCGCCCUCGUCUCGUGGCCGCAGGAGACAGCAGAAGGACGACCUAUGGGUACCCGAGGCGCUGGAGUGCAGACACCAGUUUGAUGCAAUACCUCACACAUCUCGCGAGGACCGGAGAGAAUAACAGUACAGCACUUACGGAGAGCGUUAUGAAGGACGGACCAUCUAGUCUUAAAACUAACGAUGACUCAGGUGAAGAAGAUAAUGGUACCAGAGAGAUAAAGGAGACAGAAAAACCUCUACCACCACUUGAAGUUAAGCCCGGGGAACACAGACUUCAGUACUCCUACUGCAUCUGGUUUAGUCGUCGAGCACCGGGCAAACAGGCGACAACACAGAAUUAUGACCAGAAUCUACAGUUAAUAGGAAGAUUUGCCUCCGUGGAACAGUUCUGGGGUCACUAUAGCCACUUAGUGCGGCCAGCUCACCUUACCUCACACUCCGACAUACAUAUCUUUAAAGAUGGAAUAAAGCCCAUGUGGGAGGACUCGGCAAAUAAAAAUGGAGGAAAAUGGAUUGUGCGGCUACGUAAAGGGUUAGCGUCGCGUUGUUGGGAGAAUAUGAUCUUGGCCAUGCUAGGGGAACAGUUCUUGGUUGGUGAUGAGAUUUGUGGUGCCGUCAUAUCUGUGCGAUUUCAGGAGGACAUAAUAUCUGUUUGGAACAGAACUGCACAAGAUUCACUAACAACAGGAAGAAUCCGUGACACACUGAAACGAGUCCUCAACCUUCCACCCAACACUGUCAUGGAAUACAAAACACACAAUGAUUCUCUGAAAUAAUAUUGGACAAAAUAUGAUACAGAACAAAAGAAACACCUGAGAUUAACACUGUUGCCAACCUGGUGGAGGAGAACAUAUAUGAGGGCCUCGGAAGCACAAGGCAGCAAGCACCACUGCAGGGGAAAUGGAGUUAUUGGUACCAACAUAUUCUCUAAGUUGAGUUCUGUCUGUAGAGCUUGGAUUUGCAGCCUUGUGUUACUCUUACAUGGUCGAAAAUAGGACUGAAAUACAUUGGUUUGUGGUUGUGGAGUAACAAACGAAAAACUUUAGGGCCUUGUUUCUCACUUUUUAAAAAACAGUGCUUGCAGCCUUGUGAAAUCAUCACCAUGACAUGACUUUCACUCUUAUUAUACAGUAGUUGUGUUCAAUUUGGUAGUUUUACACUUGUACCCAGACUUAAGCUUGAUUAGUACAGUUUUUCAGCACUCAUGCCAUCUAUUUGUUAGCUCCUGCUUAUAAUCAAAAUGUCUUGUGAAGGAUUCAACAUACAGCCCCCCUUUCUUUUCACACUAAGGCUUCAUCAGAUUUACAGUACUGUACUUCCUGGAUAAAUGUGUAGAUAAGUGUCUUAUAUCUACUUAAUAUUAGUUGCUGUGGGGGUAUUUCACUGAUUUACAGUGGUUGUUUACACUAUUUAUCCACCAUAAACAAGAAAGGACCCUCUCUGUUCAAUGAUUAGGCCUAUCUCUUCAUAUAACUUUCUGAUACUGUACUUGUUCAGUACAGGCAGGUCCCGGGUUACAAACGAGUUCCGUUCCUGGGGAUGUGCUUAGUCGAAAAUGCACGCAAGUUGAAACACAUGCUAUAUGCAUACUGUACUUUAAAGAACAAUGUUUAAAAUCCCACUAUAUCAUAACCUAAGUCUUGAUGUACAUCUAAAAUCAAUUAAUUUAAGAGAAAAGAAAUAGAAGGACAAACACAAUAAAUGAAAGUAAAAAUUAAGUCAUUGGGUAAAUAAGAUACCUGUAGGUACUGUAAAUUUCAAGUUUAACCCUGUUCAUAUCGCCAGAUGUUUGAAAGUCAGACACUCAUAAACGGGAAUGCCUGUAUGUAAGAAUGAAGCCUUAAGCUUAGUUUGUUAUUAAAAUUCAGUCAAGUUUUUAUGUAAUUAUUGAUGUAAAUUACUGGUGUUCAUUUAAUUUUGAACAUAGUGUUAGGAAGAACAGGAAUACCAACUGGUUCAUAUAACUGGUGUACGUAUCAUUGUGCCACAUGAAAAUAGAUGCAAUUAUGAAUUAUUGUGAUUAUAGGAAAAUGUGGUUGAGUCAUGUAUUAAGAGGUUCUAAACUACAGAAUUUGAUACUGUAGUUGUUCAAUAAAUACAGACAGUAUGGUAUAUAUUUUUAAAGUAUUGUUGCUAUGUGAACUGAAAAAUAAUUUAUUUUGUAAUACUAUAUUUGUCUUCAUUAUUUUUAAAUGCAUCUUCACUAAUCACUAACUACAGUACAGUACAUGUGAUAUAUGGUCAUUAUAUAACUCAAUACUGUUCAUUUCAUGAUGUAUGUGCUUGAAGCUUGUUUAUGUUUGAAGCUGUAGCUUUCUCUAGUUUUUUGGUAUGCCACUGUGACUGUUGCUUGUUUGCCAAGAUAACAUUCAAGCUCUUUAUUCAUUUAAAAAAAUAUAUUAAAAGAAAUUGUCAAGAAACUUAAGUAUGAAAAUGGGAGGGUUUUUUUUUUUUUUUUUUUACAUGUGUUUUUGAGCUGUUUGAAAAAGUACUGGUUAAUAUGUUUCUAUGUAUUCAUGUUGGUUAGUAUAAUGUACAGGCAUACCCUGAUAACCGACGCAUAUACGGACUGGGAAAAGUCGUUGGUAGUGAAUCGAUGGUUAUCAAAGCAAUUAAUCCCAUUAGAAUACAAGUAGAACCAAUUCAGGGGGUUAGGGACCAGCCACCCUCCAAAAACUCCCAUCUAACCUUAUAUAUCUUUGUCAUCACACUGUAAAGCAAGAAAAUAAAGCAAGCAUAAUAAGCUUUAAAUAGGCAAAGUAUAGCAUAAAUUGAGUGUUGAAGAUGGUAGAAAUAGUUUAGGUUGGCAAGUUCAAGUCUCUACCAAUCUUUGCUGGUCCAUUGCCACUAUCAUUAACCCUUAUUACACGUUGUCACAUCACAUCAAGUUGCCCAGUAUGAGAGGAACUAUCACAAGGGCAUUUAGGAAUGAUUGCAUAACACAUGAAGUCGAAAAUAACGAAAAAACAAAGUCAGAGAAACAUGGUAAGUGUAAAUAAGAGCACAUAGCCCUCUCGUGGCAACAGUUCACACCACAUCACCGUCUGCCAAAUUCAAAACAGCCCUGCUGCUCCUCUCCCGAUCGAUGGAUCUUCGAGGUAUCAACAAAACUUGCGGGGAGUUUCCUUUAUAUAUGUAAUCGUCGGUUAUGCAAAUCGGUAGUUAUUAGGGGCGUUGGUUUUCGUGGUAUACCUGUAGUUGUGUACUAUUUAUUACCAGUUAGGGUUUUUCUUGUUUGUAAACCAAUUUUGUUUUUGAGUAUGGUGUUGGAGUAUUUUUGUCAUUGGAGAACUGAACCCAGUUUUCCCAUUUAUUGUUAUUCGAGUUAUGGUAUCGAGGAAUACCUGUAUAUUAAAUGGAGGUUGAUGUGUUACGACUUCAAAGAAUACAUGAAAAACCAUUGGAGUUUCAGGAAAAGUUAUCUUAAAAAUUGCACUUCCAUAGUUAAUGAUUCAUAAAUGCUUGACAAAUUAAUAUGUACAGGACAUACCCUGAUAUCAGUUACUGUAUAAGGGUUUCAUAGACAAUUCAGCAAUUUUGGCCCUUACACCAGCCCUCUUGGCCUGGAAAGCGGGAGCAUCAGUUGUUACACACCACACCCAUCCAUAGUGCCACCUUGACCACCGUCUCCACACUAUUUACAAACUGAAUAUGCAGUACAGUACUACUUGUUUGUCGAGUGAAAUAUUGUUGUUUUUAAUUUGAAGAUUUACCCACCUUUCAAAUCAUAUAUUUUUGUUUAAAAGCUCAUCUUGAGGGUUGGAUUGUACUCCAGGCACCACAGCCAGCUGCAGUGCAUUACACUCGUCCACCUGACAAAUUCAAGUACCAUCAACCACCACUAUGUCCAAAUUGUUUACAAGCUUUAAUUAUUUAGUUUUAGUAAUACAGUAAUUAAAUUUUUUUAUUGAAUUACAAUAUUUACCUAACUAAAAGAAAUAUAAGUUGUUUUAAAACCUAAAACUGUGAAAGAAAUUACAGUUCAGUAUAUACUAAUGCACUGUACAUGUUUUAAGGCACAGCACCAAAAGUUAAGCCCCAUUUCCAAGAUGCAAUACUUGAGUUAACUUAAAAUUUCAUUAAUGUAUGAUUGUACUUCAUACCAAAUUAAAAAAAUUUGUGGAUUACUUUAUCUUAUAAAUGUAAUGCUGUGAAACCUCAUUAAUCUGGAUGAGUCGGGGGGAAAGGUGAUCCGGAUCCAAAAUAUCCAGAUUAUUGCAAAUUUCAAAACACAAUGGCCUACCACAGAAAUAAUUGACAAAUUCAGAGAUGUAAUAAAAAAAAAAGAAACAUGUAAAACACAUAAACGAGAUUUAUUUAAAGUGCUUACUUUUAAUUCCAAAGGCCUCCUGAAGGUCGUGUAGUGUGGGGGCAGUUGUUUUAACACGUAUCAUAUACUACAGUAGAUACUGUACUACUAAAUAACUCAUUUUGAGUCACUAUCUCAAAGAUCUGCACUUAUAGUUCUUUAUCAGACUAUUCAGAUUGUAAAAUCUGUUAAGGUUCAGGUGGUGUAGUAAUAGCACUGAUAUUUGACACACCUCUAAGACUUUAACCAAAAGUGGAAGGAUCAGGAAUUGACACAGUGCUUGACAGAUUCAGAGACGCUUGCCAUGUGAUCCAGAUUAACGAGGUUUCAUUGUAUAAUGCUUGUACAUGUACUGGUGAAGAUGGAAGUUGACUAUAAUAUUUAAUCAUCAUUGAAAACAUGAUUGUUACUGGGACACCACAUCUGUUUCCCCUUCUGUCCCUCAACAAUUUCUUGUCUCCCUAUAACUUAGCAACUGGUUAACAUUUUGCAAUGAAUUUUUUAUAUCAUCACCUAUUGAUGUGUUUCAUACAAAAUUCAUGACCCCGUGCUCAAGGUACGUGUUCUCUGAUAUUUGCACAUUCUGUGGGGCCCUUGUGGUCAUGUCACGUUUAUAGUUGCUCAUGAAUUUCUAGAACUAAAAAUGUUAAAUGUGCUUGCUUGCUUUUUUAUUUAAAAUUACCUAACAAAAUGUUUGUGUUUGAGGAAGUUAAUAAACACGAGAAGAACUUUUUAUAAUGCAUUAGUUACAACUUUGGUAAAGACAUUAAACAAAAGUGAAACUUUUGUUUUAUUUUUAAAUUAACUGUUAAAUGGACUUUUUUGUGUUGGAGUGAAAAUGUAUUUUGCUAUUAACCUUCUUCCACAUAGGUAAAUAAUUAACAUCAAUUACUAGCUUAAUGCCUUCUGCCAGACAGCUCAUUUAUGCACUCACUAAUCUGGGGAUCUCAGGCAGCUGGCAGCCCCCAUCUAGCAACUGGAGGUUGAUCUUGCAAUCAUGCAUCUUUUCCUUUUACAAAAUUAUCUUCUUCAAAAUGGAUUGGAAGCAAUGGUUACUCUCUAGAGGUAGAAGUGUUUAUGAAAGCCAUGUCUAUCUAGCCAGUACAGUUACUCCUUUUGCACCACAAUCAUUGACUGCCGUCUUGAUUCCAAAAUUUAUGCAACCUUUUGGGAAAAGUUCCUAAUUGACUUAAAUGAAAAGUAAAUGUCUCUCUCUAGCUUUACCUUACUUCUGAAGAGCUCCUCUAGUUAAUUGUGACUGGGUAUGUUACAUAGACACUAAUGCUACAUCAGAUGUCUUGCUUGGAGCAAGCGAUAUCAUUUCAGUGGAUGUGGAUUCCAGGUCUUUUGUCAUAUUGUUUCCCUAGGAAUUUGUCCUUCAUUGGACUCGUUAGGUAAAAUUAUCACUAAUUAUCUGUAUCUCAGGAGAUUUAAGAAAUUGGAUGCACUUUCCUGGGUCCAAAAUCAAUGGGCUUCAAUUUGUCUGUUCUCUCCACUAUACUAAAUGCCAAAUUUCUCAACUGAGACAUUUCUUAGUAUAUGUACUACAAUACUGUACCAAGUACAGUAUAUUACAUCAGUGGGUCUUUUUUUAGGAAAGGGUAAAAAAUUUUGCCCAUCUUCCCAUCACAUUUUGGCUUGUCCAAAGAAUGUUCAUUGAUUUUCUCUGACUUUCAGUCGGAUACCAAAGUGAGUGUUGGUCUCUUUACUCUCUUCCUUAUCUUUCAUUGUCCUUGUAUCUCAUUAAUGUACUGUAGAUUAGUUGGUUCUGUUUUGUUCCUCUGCCCUAAUUAGCAUGAUACUGACUUAAAUGUUCUUGAAGGGUUUUAUUUGACUGGUCUCUGAGUGAAUGCAUGUCAAUCAUCCUUGGGUUCUGGGUGCUGAUGUCUCUUAUUUUCCCUGAGGUUUGAGGAUGAAACCAAAGGAUUUUGAGAUACAGCACAGAAGAGUUACAGGAUCAGAAUUCUUUCAGUAACCUCCUCUUCUUGCUAUGUACAGUAGUUGAGUUAACUUCUCUGAAGUGCUCAUCUUCUUAGUCCUUGGAGCCUUCAUAUUACAUUUCACUCUUUUUAGUUGACGAUGGAGAAUUCAUCCUGAAAUCUCUCCUCUUGCAAAAUCCAUAGCCAAUUGGUACACAUCUUCCUCCUUCUUGGGGUUCUUGGGUAGUCAGUUGAAACUAAACCAAAAUGGUGGAUCUACCUUGAAAUCAAGAUGACAGUCCAUGGCUAUGGUAUUAUGAAGUGUCUACUUGAUACAGAUUUGACUAAUUUGACUUCCUGCCUCUAGAGACAAUCCUUUGCUUUGUAUUCCCUGUUCCAGAGAGAUAGUUGGAACAGAGGGAUGAGCAAUCAAAAAGAACAGUUCCUAGCUGUUAAAUGUGGCAGUUUACUCUCCAGACCUCCAGAAUAGCUUGUACAUUAACAAAAGCCACUUAGCUUUUGGCACUACUAGAAAAGAGAUUUCAGGAUCAAUCCUGCAUUUUUCUCUGUUGUUGAUGUUUCAGAGUUAGGUUAUGUUGAUGGAAUUAUAACUAAUGUAGAAAAAUUUUUUCUAGAUGAAGUUUGUACUUUAUCAUGGCAUUAUAUGUAGGACAAAACCAUAAGAUAAUAGAGCAACACCAGUCUUAUAAUUUUAGCUAUAGACGUGAUAUUUAUACGAUUACUAAUACA